UGAGAGUAGCAGUACGAUUUUAAAUCCACCACGCUUUCAUCGUAUCACCCAGCAGUGUUGAACCGAUUCCAGUCCAUAAGAAAGUAUUUUACGGAAGUUGCUGAAAAGUCUUUCUUUGGAGGGAUUGUGGUUUUGACUGAAAUGGCAAAAGGCAGUAAAAAUGUGCAGAGAACCGACGUAAAAACUGAGGACAUUGCUGAACAUAUAGUGAACUCGCAGAAAGAGACAAAGGAAAACAAACCAGCGGCUAAAAACAAGGACUACAAAGGUCAAAUACAGUCCGUUCUCCAGAUUAUACGGAGUCCCAGAAAACCUCGAUCCCCUCUGAGUGACAGUUCAAUCAUGUUGAUCCAGGAAGGAAAUGAGUCUGAUGUGGCAAAUGUUGAUGUGCCCAAGGCAAGAAGAGUUCAAUCAUUUUCCCACAGAAGAUGUGAGAGUUUGUUUUGUUAUUAUUUGUGUGUCUUGCAUUAUUUAGAGGAGCAAAAAGCUAAAGAAAUAAAAAGUGAAAGCUGUGACUCCAAAGAGCAGAAUCAGGAGAUUUUGUGUCAGAAUCAUGGGACCAAAGUCAAGGAGCAAAUAACCAACCAGUCGGAUCAAAAAGAUUCAACCAUUCGCAUGAGUCAGGUUGGGUCAGGAGCAGAGGGCAAAGUUUCAGCGCCCAAAUCACGCAACAGGACGGGCCAGAAACCUGCAGCAAAGAAGCUGGAAAAUAAAGCUUCCCAAAACAGAAAGGUCACAGACUACUAUCCAAUCAGAAGGAGCAACAGAAAAACAAAGGCAGAAUUAAAGACUGAAGAACACAAACAUCUUGAUGACCUGAUAAAGAGAGGGACUGAAGUAGGAAUGCAGGUGAAACACAUAGAAGGCAAAGGCAGAGGAGUGUUUGCUCUAAAGAGCUUCAGUAAAGGAGAGUUUGUUGUGGAGUACCAUGGAAACCUGCUGGAGUUAGCAGAGGCUAAAGUCAGAGAGGCUGAGUAUGCUCAGGAUCCUUCUACAGGCUGUUACAUGUACUACUUCCAGUAUCAGUCCAGAACUUACUGCGUUGAUGCUACAAAAGAAACCAGUCGCCUUGGAAGGCUGGUUAAUCACAGUAAAAGUGGGAACUGUCAGACCAGGCUUCACCCCAUCGAUGGAAGCCCACAUCUGAUCUUGGUGGCCUCCAGAGACAUUGAGGCAGGAGAGGAGCUGCUCUAUGACUAUGGUGAUCGUAGCAAAGCCUCCAUCUCUGCUCAUCCUUGGCUGAAACACUGAUGGUUUUGUGAUUAUCGGUCAGUUCUGCUGUGGACAUGGCUGCAGAUGAGCCACAUCCACCGCAUUACUAUUUUUUUUAAUAUAGCAGCAAGAAAUGGUUUGUUUCAAAGACACUGAAACUCCAACUUGUGAUGUGUGCUUUUAUUAUUCUUUUAUAUUUCUCUUAUGUAAACAGUAUUUGAGUAGGAUAAUAGUGUUUCCACUUUCCAAUGACUAACACUGAUGUGAUGAAAUUGUAAAUUAUUGCUUGUGCUGUACAACAGUUCAACUUAUUGCAGCUUGUACUUAAUAGGGAGAAAAUAUAAGAUGGUAAUAAAAUCAGUCUUACAGAUA